AUGUCGAUUAACAACACCAUUAGCGACGUGUAUCGAUCAGUGAUAAGUGAUGUUAUCACACAGAUGAAGGAAGCAUUCCUUGAUGAGAACGUUGAUGUCGAAAUACUUUCACAAUUGAAGAAGGAAUGGGAAGACAAGGUGAAUUCAAGCGGAUGCGUGAGCCUUGAUGCUGUUGCUCCGGCUCCGCCGCCUCAGCGCACCGCCAAUGUUGUGCCGGCGCCUAUGCGUCCACAAAUGAAUCGUCUUCCUAUGCAACAACAACAGCAACAACAACAGCAGCAGCAGCAGAUAAGAGCUCAGCCGAGACAGAUGAUGUUCACCAAUCAAGGUCAGGAUCAAUCUAUUCGUGCACAGUACACUCAGCAAACCGCUCAACCGCAACAAAUGACAAUUCAGCAAACAAUUCAACCGCAAAUUGGUCAGCUUCAAGUAUUGCCUAAUGGGCAGCACAUUAUAAUGAAUCCCCAACAGUUGCAACAACAAUUCCAGCAAGGACAAGUCGUUGUUAUGCAACAGCCGAAUGGAGGACCCCAUAUCCAGAUGACGGUUGGGCCCAAUGGCAUCUUCCAAUCGCAGAGAAUCGUCACGCAAUCGCAACUUUCUCAUAUCAAUCAGAUGGAUGGAAAUGGGGAUGUUGAGGAGGAGGCGAGCUCGAGCUCGUCGUCGAAAAAAAGCAAACGCAAGAAUCGUGGCAAAGGCGCGACACGAGAGGAGGCCGUGCAGGUACUUGGAGCGAUUCUAAAUGGAGUUCAAUUGGAUGGUGGUGGCGGAAUGUCAGACUCGUCUAGUGAAGACGAGCCCGAAGAGGAGGACGAUCCAUUGAGACGAAUUGCGGAUCGCAUUGGAGAUGGGGAUGUCGACGAUGGAGAUCAGAUUGCUGAAGAGGAUCCCCUCAAUUCUGAAGACGAUCAGUCUGAUGAUGAGGAUCUUACUAUGCUUUUCGACGCGGAGAAUAUUGUGAUGUGCCAGUUCGAGAAGGUGAAUCGCGCUCGCACCAAAUGGAAGUUCCAGCUCAAGGACGGAAUAAUGCACAUUGACAAAAAGGACUAUUGUUUCCAAAAGUGCACCGGUGAAGCUGAAUGGUAA